AUGAGGCUUUCCAUUACUUACGACUCAAAACCUCCAGGAAAGCUUUUGAACUGGGCUAGUCCAUCAAAUUGUACUGCCCUCAAAGCUAUUCUGGAUUAUUAUUGUGCCUCCUCGGGUCAGGAGGUGAAUUCUCUCAAAUCUAGCCUACACUUCUCACCCAAUACUGAUAAAGGAACUAGAAACAAUUGUGGCAAUAUCUUUGGGAUUCCUGCUACCUGUGAUCCUGGGCCCUAUUUUGGUCUCCCUACCUUUUGGGGUUGCUCAAAGGUUGCUGCCUUGGCCUAUGUUCGUGACCGAAUAAAUCAAAAUAUUGCGGGUUGGAAACAAAAUUUCUUAUCUCAGGCGGGCAGGGAGAAGCUUUGCACCCCUAAGGCAGUAGGAGGCAUGGACUUUCGUGAUUUACACCCUUUUAAUAAGUCCUUACUCGCUAAGCAAGGCUGGAGACUCUUACGCAACCCUGAUGCCCUCUGGGCUAGAAUCUUGAAAGCUCAUUAUUAUCCGGAUUGCAGUUUCUUUGAUGCAAAAAAGGGCGGUCGUGCGUCUUGGUCCUGCAAUAGUCUUUUAAUUGGUCGGGAAAUUAUUGCAACAGGUGCCCAUAGCAAAUUGGACCGGUGGUUAACUGGCAAAGGCUCGGGAAAAAUCACCCCUCUCCCCACCAAUAACCGUUUCACCCUUUUACUUGUGUCCGAUAUCAUAGAUUCGAACAGCGGUACUUGGGACAUCUCUCAUAUUGAACCUUUCAUCCCACCUUGUGAUGCUGCAAAAAUUCGUGCCACUCUCAUUGGCACCAUUUCCACUUGUGACCGCUUGAUUUGGCCCGAGGUAAAAUCCGGGGACUACUCGGUUAAAUCUGGUUACUAUCAUGUCAUUGGGGACUCUCCUCCCGUCUCUAGGGACAGAGCUUAUACUUCCCAUGUAGUGAAUAAGGAGAUUUAG